CGUAGUAUUUCGAAUCUGUCUUGAUUGGUGGUAUGCGAUCUUUUUAUUCAUCUGCAUCUGCUCGAGUUGGUACUGCUACAUCGUUCGCACAAUCCUGUGAGCAAGCGGUUGUCAAAAAAGUUCAUAGGCUCUUAAAUUGAUCUCCUUGGCUUAAUUUUGCUCUAUAUAGUUCUUAUAUCGUCGAUAUUUAGAGAUGCUUCGCAAUCGAAAUUAACUACCAGUUCUGGUGUCGUCAUGGUACAGACAAAGAAAGCCGUUUUACACUCGAAAAUCUAAGUUUCAAAACGCAAAUCUUCCUACAACUUACUUCAUGUUCUUUGUAAAGUCGGCAAGUGCGCACUCUGUCUCUGAAUAUUGUUGUUGUUGCUGCGGCUUCUCGUUUGCCCUGUAUUUGCUCCUCCCCGUUAAGUGUUAUUGCUGCUGUUGCAAGUAUUAUUUGGCGUAUUGUUUGUCGUUUCUUGGGGCCCUUGUUGAUUCUUUCUUCUGACUUCUAUUUCUUGCGAAACUCCUUAUGGACGAUCGCAUCAUUUCGUACAAUACGUUAUUCUUACUCAUUAUUGUCUGAUCUCAUAUUUUUCCUUCCACCCCACUUUCGAUAUGCUCACCCUCCCAAACAGCCAACGAUGAAUUGUUCGAAUCUCUUUUUUCCCUUGUACAACUGCUAGCACCAUCCUUCCGAAUUUCAAUUCAGUGCUGCCCACAGACUACCACCGUGUGAGGGGUCAGUGAGGAAGCAGUGAUUUGUGAUCCAGACUAGAGUGGUUCGAACACCACGUUGACCGCGUACUUGACCAUUUCAGCACGAGCUUGCAGAUCAUCUACUCCUCUUCAUUUGGAUCUUGGUGGUGUGACUCCUCGUCUUUGACUUGAGACGCUCCUUCCAAGUCCGGCCGCGGUGCCGCCCCGGUUAUCCAACAGCUGUUCUGCUUUCCUGUGUUCUGCUUUCCUGUGUCGCGUCAACUCCAGGUUACUCACUCACUCAUCCGUCGGCGCAGGGUAGUGGUGGGGUCUUCUACGCCCAAGAAGUCAACUUCGUGCAGAACUUGUGACACAGGCCGAUCAUUCAACUUCUUCUGUUUUCAAGGCACUAUAGAGCAUCCGUCGAUUUCGUUUAGCGUCUUAGCCGAAAAUGUCGUCGCACCGGGAUCGUUCACGUUCACCAAUCCAAAUCCGGGCGCCAUGCGAGCGCCGCGUCUAUGUAGCCAAUAUCCCGUUCGAUAUGAAAUGGACUGAGUUGAAGGAUCUAUUCAAACGUGAGUGUGGUGAGAACUCGGUAUCGUUCGUUCGCUACUUUGAGGACACGGAUGGCAAAUUCCGAGGUUGUGGUAUCGUCGAAUUUAAAGACUCCGAGGCGACAAAACGGGCUAUUGAGAAGCUUCACCGAUAUGAGCUAAAUGGACGAUUCCUUGUAGUCAAGGAAGAUUACGACGUUGAAAGGGAUUCGACGGGACGGGUGGUAACACGAAGACAACGUGAUCGAGACGGCGGACAUCGAGAUCGGAGUCCUCCUCGAAGAGAACGUUCUCCGCCGUCGAGAGACUAUGGGGGGCAUGGAGGACAUGGUGGCCAUGGGGGUUCGGGUGGCCCUGGUACUGGCGGGGUGUCCUUCAACACGUAUGGUCUCUCGCCCAAGUUUCUCGAUUCUCUUGGCAUCGAGCUACCACUCAGCAACAAGCUCUUCAUCGCUAAUCUCGACUAUAAGGUAACGAAAAGCGACUUGAAGCGCCUGUUUAAGCUGUGUGGCCGCGUACUUGAGGUGGAGCUAUACGUUGACAAGGACGGGAACUCAAAAGGCAACGCCACCGUCGAACUCGACCAUCCCAUAGAGGCUGUGCAAGCCAUCUCGAUGCUCAACCGCCAAGUCUUUAACACAUACGGUCUUUCGCCGAAAUUUCUCGAUUCCCUUGGAAUUGAUUUACCUUUAACAAACAAAUUGUUCGUUAGCAACCUUGACUAUAAGGUCACUAAGGCUGACUUGAAGCGCCUAUUUAAGAUAUGUGGCCGUGUGCUUGAGGUGAAUCUUUACAUGGACAAGGAUGGCAAUUCAAAGGGUAAUGCUACCGUCGAACUCGACCAUCCCAUAGAGGCCGUGCAGGCAAUCUCUAUGCUCAAUCGUCAAGUUUACCAGGGCCGUUCUCUCGCAAUUCGCAUGGAUCGCAAGGAGAACGAAGAGCUGAAGCUGCCAGCCGGUCUUGAAGGUCUCGGCAAGGGUCUAGGGCCUGGCGGAGUUGCCUUACGUCUACCGCGAGAUUUCGCUCCUGUAGGCAGCGCUCCAUUACCCCCGCCAACUCCAACACCUUCCCAGACGCCAGCGCCUCCGCCGGUGUUACCUGUUGCAGCUCUUGCUGCGCUUGGAGCUCUUGCAUAUCCGCAAGAUCCGGUAACAUUGGCGGCUUUGGCGAACGCGUUAGAUCCACGGGCAGCAUCACAUCAGGCUGGAGGAGGUAAUUUGUUUUCGAGUUCAAGUUCCAUCGUUACUGGUGGAAUAAUUGGCGGCGGUGUCAGCGGCGGACUUAGUGCUGGUAGCGGUAUGAACAGGAGUUCAGGAUCGCUUCGAAACGGCUCUAUAGGCGGCUCAAGUAGAUAUAACAAUGAUAGUGGGCUAGGGGGAUCUCAGAAAGGCAAAUACGCUGAUAAGGAUACUAAAUGGGGAUACUAAGUAUAGAACGCCUAUAGUUAUCUAUUAUCAUAAUUAUCAUAGUACAGUGUACAGUAUGGAGCUCGCCCAUUUUUCGUGGGCAUUAUUGUUAGCCAAUUAGUUUUUGAAUAACCAUUGAUUGGUUUAUUGUUAAAUACGGAAAAGCGAUGCGAUAGAGGCAAGCAAGUAGCAAAUCUUUACACCUCAAGGCAGAAUUACUUGACAAACUAAAAGUUACGAAGCAGUAGCUACAUGAACUUUGCGAGUUAUUGCGAUAUGUUUACCUAGGGUGGACCAAAGGGCACAAAAAUUCAAAUUGUCUCUGAGCGUUCGGUUGUUUUUUAUUGUGAUUGACAGCAGGUUAAUUAUUACAAUAGAGAGUUUAGUUGCGCUGGUAUAAAAAAGGUUUUCCUAUCUGUUACUCGAGAUCGCUGCCGAACAGAGUGGCCGUUUUUCAUUUUAGGCAGCGCCCACCAUUGGCUCUACAGAAGCUUUCUGUUGGUGACGAUGUACAUGAAACAGUAUCAUCUUUGUUCAUGCCACGUAGAAAUAGAGUGAAACGUCGAGAAAAUGGUUAAGGGAAUGAUAUUUAAGUCUGUAUUUUCCUGCUGAUCAGCGGCAUAAGAAUGCUGAAAAUAUGUAAUGUAUAUAUUUUGCUCAGUUCCAGUGUACCGAUAGACUUAGAAAUUCGAGGAUUGUUUGUGGAUAUACAACAACGCACAGAAGCCAGCACGGUCAUAUAUGUGUAGUUAUAUAAUUACCUAAAUGAAUUAUAUAUGUGCAACUACUGUGCCCUAAUGGGAAAGAAUUAGACAUUCGAAUGUUUUGUUAAAAACGUUCAUCGAAAAAAAUUAGUUAUUCAAAAUAAUUUGAAAUUAAGUAAAAGCAAAUAGUGAGCUUAAAUUAGAGAACAAGUGUGAUAAUCAUUCCAAAUGUGAAUGCACGAGCUCCGAGCGUUUCAGCUGCAUCUUUACUGCGUGGAAAUUAAUUAGGAAGCUUAUUUGAAUAUAAAAUUAUCUUGUGAAAAAUCAAUGGUAACUGUUAGUACUUGUGAAAAAAUAUAUAAUUAUACAUGUAUAAGUUUACUAAAUUAUUUUCUCAUUAAAAUUCAGGUUCUGUGAGACUAACUAAUGGUAUGCCAUGCGAGGAGUCGAACUUCACUAAAUUUGACAUAGACUGCUCUUAAUAGUGCUUAUUACGAGUAAUGAAAUUAGCCAUACGAUGUGGUCGAUAAACGACAACGUAAAUAUAAUCUAAUUGCACACGUACCAUUACUACCUUAGAUUGCUCUGCUGAAGAUAAAAAUAUGAAUCUAGUUGCAGCUUGUCUCAGGAAGACUUACAAAAAAGUUGCACAAAAAUAGCCAAGCAACACAUUAUUGAUUCUUCGACUGAUUAGUACCAUAUAUUAAAUAUUAAAUCCAGUAUUCAAAAAAACACCCGGUAAGAUGACCAUCUCUAUCAGAUUGAAACUUAAGAUUUUUCAUUUUUGCAGUCAAGAGAUAUUCUAAGCAUUUUAAUAAAAAUAGAACCUAAACGUUUGGCAUAAUGAAAGCUCUGCACCUGUUUUGAGUUUGCUCAUCGCGCUAGGUUACCUACCCAAUCUUUCAAAAUCGACUCACUUUCUAGGUAUUUCUGUGGAUAAGUGUUCUGUAAUAUAUCGAUUAAUACUUGAGCGUCAGAUGUCUAUGUUAUCUAUCUGUACGUAUACAUGUGGUAACGUAAACGGCACUAUCCAGUGACACAACUGAUUUUUGUACAAAAUUUUAUAAUAUUAUGCUUUUGUCUACGCAAAUUUAGUAUGUAGAAUGUACUUGUUAGCUAUAUAUCUAAAGAGGUGUGCUUUCAUACAGGUGUAUACAUUCAGCACUGUCUUGUGUGUACUUUAGUCAAACCGCGUAUGUUUGAUACUACGGAAAACGCACAACGCUUGUGGCGAGAAACACUGUUUGCUUAUUGUUUUAUUAUGUCAUGUUAUUAUAAAAUGAAUUGUCCACAAUAAUGACAAUUUAAUUAUUUCUUGUUUAGUAUUGUACUGUUCACGUAAUUUGUUGUUACCUUAUAGGGCCAACACAGAGAAAACAAGGUCAUCUGUGUUAUUUGCUCUUAUUAAAGCCAUUAGCAUAUCGCAUCAUGCUUCCGUUUGCUGUUACAAGCAUAUUUUGUGCUAUUCUUUAUAUUACACAAAAACUGCCGAAAGAUAUAAUGUUUCGAUUGAAUUCUAUCUUGGGCCGGAACUCGACACUCAACCGGGAUGAGGCUAGCUGUUAGGCUCAUUAUGAAGGUUAUCAAUUCCUCUUGCAGAUUGUUAACGUUUCCGAGAAUAGGUACCUGUCUGCAAUAAUUUCAAGAUAUCCCUCAUGUACUGUUUCCACCUCGGUCAAUGAUCAACAUUUAGUAAUGAACCGACUGUUAGGUUCUAUAUCAGUACGCAGUUCCGAUUCAGUAAUAAUUAGGUAGCUGACAACAUUUUGGCCGUAUCGGUUUGCAGUAUAUGUUAUAUAUACAUUCAGCACUCAUUACCUGUCAUCGCACGCUCUAUUCCCGACAUUGUUAGCACACAUUCUGCUUUCAAUUAAUUUGCAGUUGCUCUUCAUUUGAUUAAAGAGACUUUUUUGUAACUGCGUAAAAUUUAUGUUUGGGUGUCUUUGAUAACACUCAAAAUAUAUGAACGAAUUCAUGUCAAUGAAAGUGAAUGACAGGAGGUUUUCACUCGCAGAAAUGUUGAGAAAGUGACUGUGGAGCCACCGAUUUUCCGUGCAAAAAUUUUGUUUGUUGUUGGAUGUUGGAGCAACGAAUUGUCUGUCAGCUUCUUCAUUAAAAAUAAGGGUAUACUAUUAUAGUUUAUUAAAUAAAUCCCUUCUCUUGUUGGGAUUGUUGUAUAUACUGCGCGAGACACACAUCGCUUAUAUUCUAUUUAAUAUUAUCUUAAAUCUGCGGUAUUUACUUAGUGUAGCGACUAUCAUUGCUACGACUAUUACUAUUAUGAUCAUUACUUAUUACAGAAAGCAAAGGUCGUCAUUUCACCAGCAAGAGACUAAUGUUCGUUUAGAUAAACACACGAGCACGCACUCCAGUCUACACACUUGUAUCUAUAUGUAGAGGGCCUAUAGGAUAUAGCACCAAAAAUCGUCGCCGUCUAAAUAUCAAAAAACUAUGUUGAAAGCAUAAUUCAGUUGAUAUAAUGUUAGUGUAGUAAUGAAUUAGCGUAAUGACUGAACAUAAUAUGUCUGCAUGAUGAAGUAUGGCUAACCUACUUUUUUGGUGUUUACCUAAAUACAGUUUGGGAUGCUUCGAUAUAGUGCGAAUGACAGAAAUAACAAUGACAACGUAAUGGUAAGUUAGGUUCAGUAUUAGCAUUGGCUUUUGCUUGACGUAACAGUGUGUAUUCACGGCUGUGCACUUGAUUUCCUCAUGACCAUACUUAACAUUAUUAUUAUUAUAUCAUUAAUAAAUAGUAUAUCUAUUUUUCCUUACGCCGGUUCGCGUUGAAUGGAACGGUUUUCGCCAUACCUGUAUACACAGGUUAUUGCUAAAUUGCAAUGGUAAAAUUUGAUGUACGCUCCGUUAGCUAUGAUGAACAAGCGAAAAAUAAUGAAUGUGCCUUUUAGUUUCUAGUUUACAGGACGUCGACAGUGAAUUUCACUUUUUUUUUCAAAUAAAUCGCUUAGUCUUCCCUUCUGAUCAUAAGAUUUAACAGGCGAUUGGAUGUAUCAAAAAAAAAAAAAAA